CCAAUGUAAUGAGAUUAUCAGUCGUCUAGAGUCCAUUGAAAAACCCAAUGGUAUACUUGGAUGCCCGGUGUUUUAUCUCAAAGGAAUACCGCCUUUCUUGGUACAUCGUCUCCUUGUGAGCUGUGCAGACUGUCCGGAAAAGGGUGGGAAAAAUAUUUGUCUGAGAAAAUGGAAAACGGAAGGCAGAUCAUUCAGUGUUGUUUUCCACCUGUUCAUCAUGAAAGUCUUUCGUUCAAUCCGUCAAAUAUAUGAUCGUACUAGAUAUUUUGGACAUUCUAGCACCAGUGGGUCUUCUGACGAUCUUUAUAGAAAACCAGAAAUUGGCAAUCAAAAAUGUGUCAAAUUUGAAGUUAAAACAAAAGUUGGAAAAAAGUACGAAGUCCGAACCCUGGAGAUUCUCCAGAAGCUCAACAAGUCUGGAAAACAAGAAUGGAUUCUUUAUGUCAUCAAAUAUUCAGAUUAUACUUCGUAUGACUGCUUUUCCCUGUCAGACAGCUUCAUUACCCAGAUGUUUGAUUCCGAGACAUCUAACUUGAAAUGUACUCUUGUGUUUGUCGAAGAUGUGCUGAAUUUUAAAAUGGCUAGUUUGUCUGAUAAAUGGAGACUCAUUGAGUUCAUCCGAGCCAAUAUCGCUAGUAACGCUUAUGUGUGUUCGGGAUUUUUGGAAAACUCUCCAUUAUUAACUUCAAAUCAAAAAGUUAACAUUUUAUUCCAUCAUACAUCACUCGUCAUCAUUAACAAGUCUUCUCAACAAAUUAUCACACAUAAAUCCCUAUUUGACAUGGAACUUAUUGUCUUCAAAGAGGAAAAAACUUCAUUUGUCUGUAAGACUUCCAAGGAAUCUGAAUUCUGGUCGAUUCGAGCUGUCAACAUGGAGAAGCUGGCGGACUUAAUCUACGAGGCAAUCGAGAUUCGGGGACUUUCUGUCGCUUUGAAUCAUGUUAGAAAAGAGUCAGAAUACGUGCAAAUCCCCUCAUUCGACUCAUUCUAUACGGACUUUUGAGUGGCUCAAUUUGUAUUGUUUCGUGUGUUUUAGUUAUAAUCCUUGCACAUCUUUCUUUUCACAUUCUGCCAUUUUUCGUUUAUAUUCUUUGAUUGUUUUUUUUUGUUAUAAUAAAUGUCAAAAGUUUA